GGUGAAAAUCGAAGAGCAUACAUUCAAUUUACGUAACCUUAACAAAUAAUUAAAUUUCAGAAAUAUCGGAUUGAUUGGAAAUGUCGAACGAAGUGAGGAAUUUGGAUCUCGACAACAAGUUGGGUGAAGGGCGUUAUGGAAUCGUAUUUAAAGGUAUAUGGCGUGAAAAAUCGGUGGCCGUCAAGCGAAUUCAAUUAAUUCAUAUCGCAAGCAACACACAAGGAGAAGAAGCGUUGCAGGGACUUGAUCACUCGAAUGUAAUCAAAUUGUUUCACGCCGAGAGUGACGCAAAUUUCAGAUAUUAUUAUCUUGAAUUGUGCAACGCUUCUUUGGAAAAAUUAUUUCUGAAAGACGGGGACAAGAAUAAAUACCGUGGGCCGAUGCCCCCAUCGCUAACGGUCCUUUAUCAAUUAGCUGUCGGAUUGGAGUAUAUUCACAAAAUGGGACUGGUGCAUCGCGACCUCAAACCUGAAAACGUCCUCAUUUGGCAAGAUCCCAAAAAGGGAGACGUUUUAUUGAAAUGGGCUGAUUUUGGACUGUGUAAACCGGUGAAUGAGCGAGGGUCUUACUCUAUGAGCGGAGUCAGAGGUACUUUUGACUGGCUAGCACCUGAAAUUCUGAACUUAUUUUUUGACGAAGAAUUGAGCCAGUCUGAAAGUGAAACAACAUCAACAGUUAAACGAGGAACUAUCCAAAGUGAUGUGUUUUCAGAAGGCCUCGUCUUCGGCUACAUUCUGUUAGAUGGCCGUCAUCUUUUCGGUUUGCGUCAUCAAAUUCACACCCACAUACUUGAAAAUAAACCAGUUAAUCUGGAUAAAAUACAAUCACAAUGUGCUCGUGACCUAAUCCUGAAAAUGCUUAAGGAAAAUACCGCGGAUAGAAUAACAUCGUCAGAAGUUGCAGAACUCCUCAAACAAGUUAAAAGUCAACUUGAAACCCAGUUGUUCGCCUUAUGUUCGCGUGAUACCUAUCCAAGUUUGGAAGAAGUAACACAUUUUCUACAAGAAGGUAUGGAUUUCAAUUGCACAAAUAAAGAAGGAGUAUCAUCCCUUCUUUAUCUGGCGAAGGAAAAAAACAAUGAACACAAUAAUUUAGUGGAAAUACUUCGACUUUUGAUUCAACAAGGAAUCAAAAUCAAUUCCACGAACACCGGCGGACGGAACCUUCUUCUUAGCUUAUGUGGAAAUUAUCAAAAGGAAAAUUUAAUUGAAAUCAUUCAACAUUUAAUUAAAUAUGGAAUCGACGUAAAUUGCAAAACCAACGACAGAUGGAAUGCUCUUCUCCUCUUAUGUCGAAAUUAUCAAAAAGAAAAUUUAAUUGAAAUCAUUCAACUUUUAAUUCAACAUGGAAUCAACGUCAAUUAC